CAUGGCUUUCCAUCUUGGCUUUCGGCUGCUGAUCGAAAGCUCUUGCAAAAAACCGGUGCAGCACCAAAAGCUGAUAUUGUGGUGGCUCAAGACGGUUCUGGUAACUUUAAGACCAUAUCCGAGGCAGUGGCAGCAGCUGGUGGGGGCAAAAGAACUGUUUACGUAAAAGCUGGAGUUUACAGGGAAAAUGUGGUUAUUAAGAGGUCAGCUAAAAAUAUAAUGUUAAUUGGGGAUGGAAUUGAAGCCACUGUUAUUACUGGUAACGAGAAUGCUCAAACUACUACAACUUUUCGUUCAGCAACUUUUGGUGUUGCGGGUGAAGGCUUCAUAGCUCGAGACAUGACCUUUGAAAACACGGCCGGACCCCAAAAACACCAAGCGGUAGCCGUCCGGUCCGGCUCCGAUUUCUCAGUCUUCUACCGCUGCAGCUUCAAAGGUUACCAGGAUACCUUAUAUGUCUACUCUCAACGCCAAUUCUAUCGUGACUGUGACAUAUAUGGAACCAUAGACUUCAUAUUUGGUGACGCUGUUGCUGUUUUUCAAAACUGUAACAUCUACAUCCGUAGACCAAUGAGCGGUCAAAAGAACACCGUGACAGCACAAGCAAGAAGCGAUCCCAAUGAGAAUACGGGCACAAUCAUCCACAACUCACGCGUCAUGGCGUCGUCAGAUAUGAGGGCUGUUCAAGGUUCGUUCAAGAGUUAUUUGGGGAGGCCAUGGCAGAAAUAUUCAAGAACUGUGUUCAUGAAGUGUGUUUUGGAUGGAUUGAUAGAUGCGGAAGGUUGGUUACCAUGGAGUGGAGGUUUUGCUUUAAGUACUCUUUACUAUGCUGAGUAUAUGAACACCGGUGCCGGUGCAAGUACUAGUGGAAGGGUGAAAUGGGGUGGAUAUCAUGUCAUAACAGCCGCCGAAGCCGGAAAAUUCCACUGUUGGAAUUUCUGGCCGGAAGAUGCUUGGAUUCCAGGCACCGGCGUACCAUUUGAUGCUGGACUAUGA